AUCUGAGGAGGUCGGAGAGGAAUUUGGGUAACACCACAUACGCCACAAAAUAAGCAAAGAGAAAAUAGUAAACCAAUUUGAGCCUGAUUCAGGCUUUACAAAAGUACGACCGGUGUAGCGAACUACUAUUACACCCCGAAAUGCCUGCUGAAAGUUUACGGUGGGAAACAUUAGAGGCCUUGAAAAACUCACAAAAAGGAAAACUUAAAUAUAGCCCAGACUGGCCUGAAAAUGGCGAGGAUGUUUUGUCUGGUUGCAACGAAGCACCAAGUUUGUCCCCGCUAUCCGGACUCAUCUUGAAAAAAUUCAGCCCCAGACCUCUCCAGAAGACCUGCUCCUUGGGCUCGGCUUCCCGUGAUCCAAGCCCUGCCUUUGCUGAUGACGCUCCUUUCUCGCUUUCAUCCACGAGCUCCUUCCCAUCCGUCAAUGUUCUUAGUUCUCCUCUAUCUUCUCCAUCACAAGUUCCCCCGUCAGAGAAGGACACAGAAUUGGUCAUCGAUGGAAAGAAAGAUUUUGACCAGGAUCUAAGUCCUGUCUCCAGCCCUACUCCUCCCCCCACCAUCUCUCUGCUGUCUCCCAAAGCCAGCCACAUGGCAGGAUGCAUACGGAUCUGUGAAGAGAAACAUCGAGCAAAGGCCAAGAUGGAGCUGAACCUGAGGCAGGAGCUGCAGGAGCGGCUGGUGGCGUCUGUGGCUAGCCGCGAGUCAGAACAGCUCAAACGCUUCGAGGAGUUCAUGGAGCUGAAACAGAGGCAGGAGUACCAGAGCAUGAGGGACAUGAUGGAGAGAGAUACCCAAGAGAGCAUUGGGCGACAUGAGAAGUUAAAAGAGGAGCACAGACACAGAACCAAGAUCCUGAACCUGCGCCUGAGGGAGGCGGAGCAGCAGCGGCUACGUGAGGUGGAGCUGGAGAGGCAGAGGCAGGCGGAGGGCAGGGAGAGGCUGCGUGGCCUCAACGCCAUCCAGGAGGAGAUCCUGCAGCUCAAUCACCUCCUCGAGCCGGCCAGCAAGCCCACCCAGCCGGGCCCCGCCCCCGACCACGUGCCCUACAUCACCCGCGGCAACCAGCUGUGCACCCAGGUGUCCGAGGUGGUGCGCGCCACGUCUGAGGGGGCGUUCCCCAGCAUGGAGGACAUGACCGUGGCCGAGCGUGCCCUCCAUGAGAUGAGGUCCCUGAUCCGGCUGAAGCAGGAGGACGCGUCCCAGGCCCAGGAGAAGAGGAAGAAGGACGUGGAGGAAGAGGAGGAGCGCAAGAAGCAGGCGGAGCUGCAGGCACAGCAGGAGGAACUGAAGAAGAGCGUGGCCGUGACGGCGAAGGAGAAGGCGCGGAAAAUGGGUCUGCAGCCUAAUGCUGAGAAAAGCACCCGGAAAUGGUACCAGGGGCUACAGGACUCUGCUAACCAGUGUGUCCAGUCACUUGAGGACCUCAACAAUCCACAAGAUCUCCAGACAAAGAAACUGAGAAUGGAGUUACAGAAAGCGGCUACCAUCCCUGUCAACCAGAUUUCCAGCAUCUCAGGAUCCCAGCUCAAGGAGAUCUUCGAUAAGAUCGACAAGCUGCUGUCUGGGAGGUCGGUAGUGUCGGGAGGAAAGUCUGUCUCCACAUCCCAGCAUCCCAAGGGCUUAGACUUUGUCAGCUACAAACUAGCUGAGAAGUUUGUGAAACAAGGAGAGGAGGAGGUGGCGUCCCAUCACGAAGCUGCCUUCCCCAUCGCUGUAGUGGCCUCUGGAGUGUGGGAGCUCCACCCCCAAGUGGGAGAUCUCUUCCUUGCCCACUUACACAAAAAAUGUCCUUACGCAGUGCCCCACUUCCCUCCCUUGAAGGAUGGAACAUCUAUUCCAGAUUAUCAGAGGAUCAUGGGCUACAGGGUGGAUGACUCCGGGGUGGAGGGCCAGGACUGCUUCCUGAAGAGGAUGUCCGGAAUGAUCCGGCUCUACGCUGCCAUCAUCCAGCUGAGGUGGCCAUAUGGCUCCAAACAGGGGCCUGGUCCACAUGGACUGAACCAUGGGUGGCGCUGGCUGGCUCAGAUGCUGAACAUGGAGCCCCUCGCGGACGUCACGGCAACGCUGCUGUUUGACUUCCUCGAGGUCUGUGGGAAUGCGCUGAUGAAGCAGUACCAGGGGCAGUUCUGGAAGCUUCUACUGCUCAUCAAAGAGGAGUACUUUCCAAGGAUUGAGGCUGUCACAAGCAUAGGAGAAAUGGGCUCAGUCAUGAGAUUAAAGCAGUUCCUUGAGACUUCAUUAAGAAGCAGGCAGAUUCUUCCCCCCAAAGGCCAGCUAGGUUCCUCUUUCUGGAGAUCCUGAGUGGAGGCGAUUCCCCCAAACAAAGUGACGCCUUCGUUGGACCCCGCUUGCAUGACCCAAGUACGUCAGGAGACUGAGCUAAUAAGACUAGGCUUUACACAUGGUAAAGUUAUGCCUGCCUGCAACAAUACUCUAUAUCUCCUGUAAUUCGCUACUGUGAUGUGCGCGUCACACGCACAAACUAAAUCCUUACAGGUUUGUGUCAAGGGGUUGAAAUGUUUGCCGUUUCAUUCCUUGUGCCGUGUGUGCUACACCCACUGCAAGAUUACAUGAACCGUUACUUGAGCUUUACUUAUGGAGUAGGUGGCGAAGAUGAAUGUACUUUAAUCACAACAACGCAAGAUAUCGUGCUACUGUUCUCCUUAGUCACAGGAAUUAUUUUGGAUGUGGUAGAUGCAUUUUAAGUGUUUUAGACUGAACAGGUUUCGGUGUUUGAUUUUGGAUGUUUCCAUGAUUCGAUUUGAGAUCUGAUGUGUCAAUCAUGACAUUCACUAUUCAAGCCGUAUUGUCAGUGUUUUCAUUGAUAAUGGAAUGAGCUCUCCACCGUUUGUUAGUACAUUGACUGGAUUAGUUAUUUAUGUUUGUAUAGUAUCCGGAUAGUUUUCUAUGAAUUACCUCCUAAGCUAGCAGGUUAUUUGCAAAAAAUAUAAACAUUUACAUCAGGAAAAGUAGUGAGUAUGGGAGCAGUACAGUAUGUCACAUACUUCCUGGAAAUUGAAUGUAAUGCUUACAUAUUUGUGAAAAAUACAUCAUACAACCUAUAAAACAAUAAUCAAUCAUU